AAAUUCACAGUCAUGACGGACCUCGAUUUUAAGAAAGGAGAAGGCGCGUCGUCUACGCCGGAUACGGUCAACGCGUCGGUACCGUCUGAGAACCGCGAUAUGCCCAUGAUGAUUGAGAUUAGAGGAGGGAAAGUGGUAUUCAAACAGAAGGCAAUGUCGCUGGAGAAGAUUACUGAGACGAUGCAAGAACUAGUCAAGUUUCGGGAACUACUAGAGCAGAUCGUAGAGAAGCAGGGACCCGCCCUAACAGAAGUCCCUGCAGAGCAUCAGCCGCUCAUAGCGAAGCUUGUCCACGAGAGCGACAAACCCUUAGUAUCAAUAUCCAAAUACAUACAACGCGAGCUCCUGCCAAUGGAAGGCGACCAUGACUCGGAAACCACGAAGAAUUCACGCCCACUUCCCCUGUCAGUCAUUGAAGCUGCAGUCAAGCACGUCGCCACACGUGUCAAUUACGGAAUUGACGCGCCUCAGGGAGGCAGGACACCUCCCUCACUGUGCGUUUGGAGAUGGGAAGUGAAGCCGGAAUAUUAUGACUGGCUACCGAAAGUAUCACGCGACAAGGCAGAUGCACGGUUAGCUGAGAGGGUACAAGCAAAGAAAGAUGUUCGGGCAUUAUUUGCUGCCCUUCCGCAAACCGAACAGGAGUCUUUACUCGGCGUCAAGGCUUCGACGAAGCACACACCUCUUACCCAUGGGAAUUCUAACGAUGCCACAUCCGCACGUAGCGUUUCGCCUUCUCCAAAGUCACAAGACGCCAAAUUGGACCCUGGUGAAAACGAGAAUGACGAUUCACGGACAGGCAAGGCUGGUCGCCCAAAGAAAGAAAAGGCUAUCGACCCGGAGAAAGCAGCAGAGAGGGCUGCCAAGGAUAAGGAACGGUUAGAGAAGAAGGCCGCAAAAGCCGAGAAGGAGAAGAAGGAGAAGGACGCCCAGGAGAAGUCGCGGUCUAUCAUGUCUAGCUUUUUUGGUAAACUCAAGGCUUCGACAUCUGCCCCGGCCCCUACAGCCUCCACCUCGUCCACACCGAAGCAAUCGACGCCGACCGCAUCACCCUCUCCUAAGAAACCAACGGUGUCGGACUUUGAAAAGACUUUCAGACCGUUCGUGGUGAAGAAGGACACGACAAUGGCUCCUACGAACUGGUUCCAAGAAUCCAGGAAGCGAAGGCGGAAGCAGGACGACGACGUCAUUGUCCUUGAUUCAGACAGUGUCAUUGAAAUCGAAGAUUCAGACGUUGAAAUGAUCGAUGACCCAUUCAUCUCAAGCCUUGAGGAACGUAACCCUCCAGAUCUCAAGUCCGUUAUCGCUAGCUUACCUCCACCGCUCGACGCACGUCGCCAUCCCCGACGAAAGACAUCUAGUUACAAGACUUAUCAUCCCGAGCCCGUCCGCUCUAUCAUUACCCGUCUCACAGAAGCGGAAGUCACAGACGACGCCACAACCGUCCGACGACUUCUCUCCGACCUCCGCAACCGCAACAAACUACCCGUGAAAGCUCUCAUGUUCCACGAAGACGUCCGCCCAGGUUACUACGGCACCUUCACGCGACGUUCGCAGUUCGUGGGCCCUCGAACACCGUUCGGUCGUGACGAUGUCGCUGUGGAUUAUUCGUAUGAUAGUGAGGCGGAGUGGGAGGGCGAAGAGGAGGGAGGAGGGGAUGAUGUGGCGAACGGGAGUGAUGAGGAGAAGGAGGAGAGCGAUAGCGAGGAUGAUGAGUUGAAGGGGUGGUUGGUAGACGAUGAUGAAGAGGAAGUCGUUACGCCUAUUGAAGAACGGGACGGUCUCGAAGAAUUCCCGUUCUUGUUGCUUGGGGACUCGGCCUCCAAGGGCAAGAGGAAGGCGGUUGAGCAGGAGAAACCGAAGAAAGAUAAUGGCACGAAGGUCAAGAAGAGAAAGGUAGAGGUGGCCUUGAUACCGUAUACCAAAGGACCAUGCUGGGAGAGCCACAUCGGGGAGUCUGAAUUCUCGCAAUACCGGAUACACCUGUUCAACGAUACCCCAUACCCAAUCAACCCAUUCAUGUUCGUCUCACAACCCCUGGAGGCUCACAGGCCUCACACAACGCCCAAAGCCUCAUCGUCCUCAACCCUCGCCCCCUCAACAUCCGCGCCCCAAUUCGCCGUCCCAGCUCUCCCCGCACAUGUCAUCCAAACUGCUCACAUCAAUCCCAACCCCAACCUCAAUUCACCCGUCCCCUCCAGCUCCUCCGCCCCAAACCUCACCCCCAAGAAACCUCCCGCACCCCCGAAACAUCCCUUCCCCGACGCGCACCUCUCCCUCCUUCUCUCCAAGAUCGACUCGCUGGCGACAGGAAGCCUCCCUGCCCUGGUCGACUCAGUCUAUCAGGAGCUGAAGGUGCAUAAGGUGAAGAAGAACGCGAUCGAGGUGAAGGUGAAGGAAGUGGCACAGAAGGAUGGGAGGAAGGUGUGGAUCGUGAGGCCCGAGUUUGCGGUCAGUUCUUUUCUUUCUGUUCUCGGAUGUGGGUGGCUGGGUGACUGACGUCGAUGUUGUUUGUUCAUUUUUGAAGAUAUCGCAGGCUGCGCCUGCUGGACUCGCGUCGUAGAUGGAGGGUAGAGCCUAUGGAUGAUACCGUUUGC